CCAUGAAGGAACGCUCGGACAUCUUUUUGCUGCAGGACGAAUACGAGGACCUCACCCCAGAGCAGAACCGAAGCAGCCGACCAUGCAGAACCACGGGGUGUCGCUGGUUAGCGACCUAUUUCCGUGCUAACGCGAGGGCGCCUUCCCCGUGCGACGACUUUUACGGCUACGUCUGCAGCGACCGUCAAAGAUCUCUGUACCAGGACGGCGUCUCCAGGCCGAUGCGCGCCAUGGCCCCGCACCUCGCUGGGUCCAGGGACGGCGAACCAUUGGCCCACAUCUCGCUCUUUAACCACUGCAUCAACGGCACAGCCGUACAUUUCGAACCGUCCGCUGUGAUUGACUUGACUGAGGGAGCAAGCUGUCCGGCACGGAUUCCUCCGGGUCCACGACGUGCUUCAGACUCUUUCUUUCGCAACAAUCCAAAUGCCACAGUCGCUGAUUUUAGAGACUUCAUUAGAAGAAUUGCGCCCGGAGCGCGAAUGGACAACACAAUCAUCGAAGAGGAGCAAGCCACCAGUUCGCUUCCAGCGAAGUGGUUGUCCGCGAUUGCCCUCUGGGUGGUUCGCUCUGCGAGAUGUCACUUGGAGUUCUCUCUGCGGAGAGCUCUCGAGAAAGGACGCCUUUACGAAGACCUAUGACAACUGCUCUACUUUGCACCCCUCAUGGGUUCUCAGAUUAUUUCCCUAUAUUCCAAUUAUUUGUCGCACACGUGGUUCAGCCUUGACAUGGGGAGCGGCCCGAUUUUACACCUGGUAUUACUCAAGAGAGCGAGACACCAUCGGGACGGCGAAGCAAUCGACGAUUUUGAUUUUUUUUUCUUCUACAAUUUAAAUUUUGUAAUAGAAACUACAAGUUGGUUCAAACGUGCUGACUCGGGGCACUCUCUAAUACUCUUUAUACGCAUCUUUACACUGUUUAACUAAAUUGGAAACGUCAUGCAAACAAUCGCA